GCCACCUUUCUUCUUCCCUCCCCUCCCCUCCACCGAAGGUGCCAAUCAAGGAGGAGGAUCGGUACAUGCCGGAGAAGAAUAUCAACGUUUUACUCGCAGCCAUGAACACCAUAGAUGAAUGUUGCAAUGAUGAAAAUGGCAAAAUCGCUGUUGGGGUGCCCCUACUUUACCAUUUCAUGGAGAAAAACAAUAACGAUUCAAGUCUGAAGGAAGACCUCCAAGAAUAUCAUGAUUGUGAAGAGGAUGAGGAUGAAGAUGAUGAGGAUGGUGACGAUGAUAUGGAAGGCUCAACUUUUGGAGAUGGGAGCCAGAGCCCCGCUGAGCUUAAACUCAAGAUAAAGAAGUCGUUGCUUGAAUUACGUUGCAAGGUUGAAAAUGCGAUUCUUGGGAACUUUUUGUUAGGGGAACCCGACAAGGAGCUUGCACCAGAAGACGUGGCAGUGAUGAGGGAACAGCUUAGAGAGAUUUCUAUAUGGGGUGUCCCUUUGUUGCCCAGUAAGGCUCAUGAGGGCACUGAUGUUGUUUUGAGGAAAUUCUUGAAGGCCAAAGAUUACAAGGUGAAUGAGGCCUUUGACAUGCUUCAGAAGACCCUCAUAUGGCGACGUGAAAACAACAUUGAUGGGAUCACUGAGGAAGAUUUAGGUCCUGAGUCUGCAAAUGCAGGAUUUUUGUGCAGUAGAGAUAGAGAAGGACGUCCCGUGUGUUACCAAGUUUGUGGGGUUUUCAAAGACAGGCGCAUCUACAAGAAGACCUUUGGAUCACACAACAGGUGUGACAGGUAUUUGAGGUGGAAAAUUCAACUCAUCGAAAAGGCUGUGAAGAAGCUAACCUUUAGAGAAGGAGGGGUGGACUCCAUAAUUCAGGUUUUUGAUUUGAAGAACACCCCAAUGCAAGGAACCAAAGAGCUCAACUCACUAAGCAAAAAAGCUCUGAUUUUGUUUCAGAAUUACUACCCUGAGAUCAUUCACAAAAAUGUGAGUCCAUAAUAAAACUAUGAUGAUGCAGAACAAGUGCUUGGCUCAUUUUAUUUCUUAUUUGAUUUGCAGAUCAUAGUAUAUGCUCCAUUUUGGUUCUACACGUCCCAAGUGCUAUUCUCAAGAUUCAUGAACCAGAGAAAUAAAAAGAAGUUCAUCUUAGCUAGGCCACAGAAGGUCACGCAGACCCUUCACAAGUUCAUAGCCCCAGAACAUCUUCCAUGUGAGUACGGUGGUCUCAGGAGGAACAACGAUGAAAAUUUCUCGCCUGCUGAUAAGGCUACAGAGAUUAAAAUAAAAGGAAAUACUGUUUCCAAAGUUGAAUUUCCAGUCUCAGAGCUUGGAGUGACAAUAAUGUGGGAUGUAACUGUGGUGGGAUGGGAUGUGUGCUACAAGGAAGAGUUCAUUCCAGAUGAUGAAGGGUCGUACACUGUAUUACUGCAAAACCAAAACGUAGAGGGUAACAGUACUAGAAACUCCUUUUACAUCAGUGAACCUGGGAAGAUAGUCAUAACAGUUGAAAAUGGGACCUACAAGAAGAGAAAAAUGUUCUAUAGAUCUAAAGCCAGAACCACAGUUCCCAUGUUCAUCUUGUUAUAGCAGUAAAUGACCUCACUUCGAAUCAAAGUUAUUGUACAUUCACACUGUUACCAACAUGAAAUUGCUCGCAGCAUAGACCCUUUUACCCAUUGCUACAGAUUCAAUGCUCCUAGUUCAUGGCUACUAUA